CGCCCAAGAAAUCUGAUUUAGCAAGGUUAUCUCUUCUUUUACCAUCUUCUUAGAUAUAUAUAUUACACAUGUAAUUUAAGAGAGAUUUGUUUAAGCUUUGUGCCUGUGUUUUUGUCAUUUUCCAAGAAACAAAGAAAAAGAAAAAGAAAAAAAAAAUCAAGAAGAAUGAACACGAAGAACAACGUCGUCGAAGUGUCACCAUUUUUUCUGUUCGAAGCAUCUGGGGAUUCCGAGAGCCAUCAUCAGGAGGAACAUGGCCACGAAGGCGAUGAUUCGAAAGGUCGUGAAGAUCAUGGUGAUGAUGCUGAGUCAUGCAGGUGCGAGCCGUCGUCAACGAGUCAAAGGACGAGAAGGUCAACUGAUCUGGACCUGGUUGGUCAAAAAGAAGAAGAAGGUGAAGUCGCCGGAGAGAAUGAGGAUCACGAUGAUGGAGAGGGAGAGGUGAAUAGUUAUCGGAGAUGGUCGGAGAGGAGAGACCGUGAUUCAUCUUCGACGGGAAGUGAGGAGAGAUUGGUUAGUGAGAUUGAAAAGAACCGAGUGUUUUGGGAAGCUUGUUUGGCUUCUUAAUAGUAUUCUUUUGAUUGACUUAGCAACAAAACAAAAAUGAUACUUAUGACUAGUAGUAUACACAUAACAUUAUUUCAGGGUGUGUGUUUGAACGUAUUGAUUUAAAAUACCUUUGUUUUCAGGGUGUGUGUUUGAAUGUAUUGAUUUAAAUACCUUUGUUCAAUAUUGUGAUUUCUCGACAUUUUUUACUUCCCUUUUUCCCGUUUAUAUAUAUAGUGUUUCAGUUCAUCGUA